AUGGCGGCGCAGCACCUCCUUGCUGCCCCCGGCCCCGGCGAAGCGCUCGAUCCGACCGUCAAUCCCAAGCUGACGCGGCUGCGACGAGCCUGCGACCUGUGCAGCAGGCGCAAAGUCAAGUGCGACGACUCCAACAUCCCCUGCCGACCCUGCCGCGAACUAGGCGCCGACUGCACCUGGGAGCGCGAGACGAAGCGACGCGGCCCCCCCAACAAGCACGCCGAGGCGGCCAAGGCGGCCAAACGCGCGCGCCUGGAAAUGGCCGCCGCGUCGCCCUCCCCCCAGACCGCCGCCAAGACGCUCAUGAACAUUGCCGCCGACGGCAUCCUCGACGCCGAGUCCAUCGCCCCGCUGCCCGUCCUGGAGCUGCUGGUCGACGACUUCUUCACCUACAUCCACCCGCUGGCCCCGUUCCCCCACGAACCCACCUUCCGGCAGUCGUUUGCCAACCGCGAGGACCGCGUCAAGCCCGAGUUCCUGGGCCUGCUGGCCAGCAUGGUCGGCGCCCUGGUCGCCUCGUUUCCGCGGAGCGCGCGGGAGCACCUCAAGGCCCAGCACGGCGCGCACCUGUUCCCCAAGGCGAUUGUCCUGGUGGAAAAGUGCCGGGACGUGGCCCUGCUGUCUCGCGGGAGCCGAUGGAUCCUGAAGCAGCCCAAGACGCUGGACGACGCCUGCGCGAGCUACUUCCUGGGCCUCACCGGCGCGUACACCCUGCAGCUGAACGUGGCGCGGCACUUCAUGGCGGAGACGUUGAUUCUGGUUCGCGAGCUGGGCUACGUGAAGCCCAAGCAUGCUGGUGAACUGCCGACCUUUGGAGCGGAUCCGUUUUCCCAGGACGCGCUCCCCUUCAACCAUGUCAAGGACCAGAUUGGGAAGAGGUUGUUUUGGUGCCUUUUGGUGACCAUCCUGUCAAUGUCCCAGUCGGGCAUUUCCGGUGCCGACCUCGUCAUCCCGCCCUCCACCCCCAGCUUGCCCUACCCUGCCUACCCCGAAAAUGUAGACGACAUCUGCGUGCUGGCGAAUGAGAUCAUCCACCCGGCAGAAGGGAGCGUCACCCUUCUGACAGGGUUUCGGUUCGGCAUCGACGUCUACACCACGAUGAACGGCGUGGUCAGCUUGGAGCUCGCCUACGGAAUGAGCACGCUUCCGUGGGCCGACCAGAGAAUCCUGCUGCGAGACGGCCUGCUCGCCGCCAAGAGCAUCACGGACGAUCUGCCCCCGGAGCUGCAGCUUGGGCCGCAGGGCGACGACGCCAACUCGCUGGCCUUUCUGGACGAGUCGGGCCUGCAAUACGUGCCGCCCGCGUGGCCCAACGCCCAGCCGCCCCACGACAUCCGCAACGUCAUCAAGACGCAGCCCGCGCAACGGCGCCGGCUGCAGUACGAGAUCCAAAAGGCCAACAUCUUCAUGUCCCAGCUGGCCACCCGGUCGCACUUUGUGGAGCUGUACUUUAACCUCCGCGACAUCCACCUGGCCGAGCAGCAGAACAGCCUCGUGGAGAGCGGCGGCGGCGGCGGCGAAACGGCGGCGGACAAGACGUUCCAGGACAUCGACGACGCCGAGAUCUACACCCUCAUAGCGGACGAGCGCGAGGUCAUUGUGCAGAACCUGCUCGAGGUGCUGGGCUCCAUCUCGCAGCGCAACAUGGAGCCCAACGGGUUCUCGCUCAUCAGCAAGAUCCGGCAGGUGGCGUCGACGCUGCUCAACGACUCGCAGGACAGGAAGGGCCCCGUGGCCCUCAAGUCGGAGGAGGCCCUGUCGCAGCUGAUUGACAUACUGAUCAAGCUGGAGAAGACGGGCGCGGCGGCGGCCGGCCGGGCCCCGGACCCCAGCCAGAUGACGGCCGAGGACGAGGAGGAGGAGCUCAGCCACUGGGCCGACCUGAGGGAGUACCAGCUGCGGUUUGCGGCGAGCGGCGGCUUCGCGGGCGUCGAGGCGUACGGCAGCUGCGAGAAGGGGCUGCUGACCAUCCGCGCCUGCAAGAACGAGCUGUAG